AUGAAUAUAAUACGGCUGAAUGAUUUUCUACGUAUUAAUUCAUGUUAUAAACAUUGUCACAAUAGAUUGUCUGCUCAGACUUUAUCAGAUUUUCCAAUAUCAUUUAAGCCUAAAAACGUAGAAUAUGAUUGGUACAAUACUUGGGAAAAGAAUAACUAUUUUAGUGUUAAAUCCAGGAAUAAAGACGCACUGAAAAUGCUUUUACCUCCUCCGAAUAUAACUGGAACAUUGCAUUUAGGACAUGCAUUAACUACUACAAUUCAAGAUAUAUUGGCAAGAUGGUGCAGAAUGAGGGGUCAUCCUGUUGUAUGGAUACCAGGUUUAGACCAUGCUGGAAUAGCAACACAAAUGAUGAUAGAAAAGUAUCUUUUUAAAACAAAGGGUAUUACAAAAUCUGAUUUAGAAAGAGAACAGUUUCUUUCAGUUGUAUGGGAAUGGAAAGAACAGAAAGAAACUGGAAUAAAAUCUCAAUUGAAAGCUUUAGGUGCCAGUUUAGAUUGGUCUAGAGAAUAUUUUACAAUGAGUAAGAAUCAUAACAAUGCUGUGAUAGAAGCAUUUGUAGCACUAAACGAUCGUAAUCUAUUAUAUAGGAAAAAAGAUUUGAUUAACUGGAGUACUUCUUUACGCAGUGCAAUAUCUGAUAUUGAAGUAGAACAUUUAUUUAUUUCUGAGAAAACAGCACUUGAAGUUCCAGGAUAUAAAAAGAGGGUAACAUUUGGUGAAAUAGCAUAUAUAGCUUAUCCAAUUAAAGAUUCAAAUGAUGAAAUAGUGGUAGCAACAACUAGACCGGAAUCCCUUUUUGGUGAUGUAGCAAUUGUUGUUCAUCCAGAUGAUGAAAGAUAUGCAAAGUACAUUGGCCAAAAGGUUUGGCAUACCUUAAGGCAAACUUACAUACCUAUUGUUGCUGAUUCUUUGGUUGAUAAAAAUUUUGGCACUGGAGCUGUAAAAGUAACACCAGCACAUGAUCAUAUAGACUACACAAUUGCUACAAAUCAUCAGUUGGACAUUAUUGAAGUUUUUGAUGAAUGUGGUAACAUAACGGAUGCAGGAAAACAAUUCAAGGGCCUUCCUAGAUUCAUUGCCAGAGAAAAAGUCUUAAAUGAAUUAUCAAACAGAGGUCUUCUAAAACGUGUUUGUGAUCAUCAGAUGAGUGUACCAAGAUGUUCACGAUCUCAGGAUAUUGUGGAAUAUUUAUUAAGAGAACAGUGGUUUAUAAAGUGCAAAAGCAUGGCUGAGAAGGCAGUAGAUGUUGUGAAAGAUGGUCAUUUGAGAAUAAUUCCUGCUAUGCAUGAGCAGUUGUGGUAUGACUGGCUUAAAAAUAUUAGAGAUUGGUGUAUUUCAAGACAGUUAUGGUGGGGUCAUCGCAUCCCAGCUUAUUACAUUACAGUUGGAGACAAAACUGAAUGGAUAAUCAGUCGAACUGAAAAUGAUGCAAGACUUAUUGCUGAAAAUAUGUAUGGACGUGAUGUGAAAUUACAUCAAGAUCAAGAUGUAUUGGAUACAUGGUUCUCUUCUGCAAUUCUUCCUUUUGCUGUACUUGGGUGGCCGAGAGAGACACAGGAUCUAAAAAGCUAUUAUCCUUUGACUUUAAUGGAAACAGGAUCUGAUAUUCUGUUCUUCUGGGUUGCACGAAUGGUCAUGCUAGGAUUGGAGUUGACUAAUCGUUUACCUUUCAGUGAAGUACUUUUACAUGGUAUUUUAUGCGAUGCCUAUGGAAAAAAAAUGUCUAAAACAAUUGGUAACGUCAUUUCACCAGAAAACGUUAUCAACGGCGCUACUGUACAGGAUCUUAGUACACAAAUGAAAGAAAGUUAUAAUUCAGGCACUCUUAGUAAAACUGAGUUGCAACGAAUGUUAUCUGGAAAUAAGAAAAUAUUCCCUAAUGGAAUACCAGAAUGUGGUGCGGAUGCUCUGCGCAUGACCUUAUGCAGUCAUGAUGUUAAAAAUCGAAAAAUCAAUUUUGAUCUGAUGGAGUGCCAAACAAAUAAAUUCUUCUGUAACAAAAUUUGGCAAGCAAGUAGAUAUAUCUUAAUGACGACAGCAAAAAAAGACUGUCAAGAACCAAAAUGUAUCAUCCUCAUUGACCGUUGGAUUUUAAGUCAAUUAUCCUUAGUGGUCAACACGGUUAACAACGCAUUCUUAGAACGAGAUUUUCAUACAGCGAUUGCAUCAAUAAAAUCGUUUUUACACUAUAAAUUUUGUGAUUUCUAUUUGGAAGCUACCAAGUGGGGAUUGAAAAGUGAAAAUACAGAUAUUAUUAAAAGUCAUACAUACUGCUUAAGAACAUGCUUGGAAGUUUCUUUACGAUUAAUUGCUCCAAUAACGCCUUUUGUCGCUGAUGACUUAUAUACAAGAUUGUCAGAUAAAUUUUCAGAAUUUCUUUCGGUACCGUCGUUAAUGGAAGCACCAUAUCCAAUGCCAGAACAGGUAAAUAAAUGGAGAGAUGACACUCUAGAUGAAAGAAUACAGGAAUUAUUGGAGCUGAUACUAGAAAUUAGGAGUGUCAUGGCUAAUGUUAAUAAAAUGGUGAAGAAAGAAGUUCAUAUUGUAACUAAUGACUCUGAAGAUUUUGAUUUCUACAACAAAGUCAUAAAUUUAAUUAAAGGAGGGAGCAAAAUCUUUGAUAUUAACAUAUUCUUAGAAAACAAUUAUUCAAAAGAUGAGAAUAGUGUAUAUUACAGUUUGGGUCCUGAUUGUGCAUUAUUUAUUACUGCACAGGAUUCUUCGUUUCUGGAGCAAAUGAGACAAAAUUUAGAUGAAAAAUGUCGUAAGAAAAAACGAAUAUAA